UCCAUAUCUUAAACCCUUACCAAAUUUCCCCAAAUCUGAUUACAAUCUGGAACCAGGCAUCUAAACUCUCUCUUCGUUUCGGUUUCUUCAAGACUCGACGGUGUCGAGUCUUUGACAAUGAAGAUCGUUCGCAGAGACCUCGUCCCCAGUGGCCCCGGUAGCGUCAAGAUGGUUCCAGAUGAAGCGGACGACUUAUGGAUUGUUUAUAAUCUGAUAUCCGAGGGCGACUCUGUUCUGGCCGUUACUGUUAGGAAAGUUCUAAGAGAAGCGGCCUCUGGAGGGAGGGAUGCAGAAAGAGUGAAGCUAAAAUUGGAAAUCAAAGUUCAGUCUGUGGAUUAUGACAAAGAAGGAUCUGUCUUGCGUAUACGUGGAAAGAAUAUCCUGGAGAAUGAACAUGUGAAGAUAGGGGCAUUUCAUACGCUUGAAAUUGAGCUACAUCGACCUUUUGUCUUAAGAAAGGAUAUUUGGGACUCACUGGCAUUAGAUGCACUCCGACAAGCCUCUGAUCCUUCUGCAAGUGCUGAUCUAGCUGUGGUCUUAAUGCAAGAGGGACUAGCACAUAUCUUCCUUGUUGGUAAAAGUGUUACAACUACUCGUGCUCGAAUAGAAGCUUCAAUUCCUCGCAAGCAUGGGCCUGCUAUUGCUGGUUAUGAUAAGGCUUUAAACAAGUUCUUUGAGAAUGUUUUACAGGCUUUCUUGAAACACAUUGAUUUCAAGGUUGUUCGUUGUGCUGUGAUUGCAAGUCCAGGUUUCACAAGGGAUCAAUUUCACCGUCACUUAUUGUUGGAGGCUGAAAGGAGACAGCUGCGUCCUAUUAUUGAGAACAAGUCACGCAUUAUUCUUGUGCAUACAACCUCAGGAUACAAGCAUAGCUUGAGAGAGGUUCUGGAUGCUCCAAAUGUCAUGAGUAUCAUAAAAGAUACAAAAGCAGCACAAGAGGUCCGAACUCUGAAGGAUUUUUUCAGCAUGCUUUCAAAUGACCCGGCUCGUGUAUGCUAUGGACCCAAGCAUGUUGAGGUUGCACAUGAAAGAAUGGCUAUCCAAACACUUCUAAUAACUGAUGAAUUAUUCAGGUGUUCUGACAUAGCAACAAGGCAAAAAUAUGUCAAUUUGGUGAAUGGUGUCAAGGACUCUGGUGGCACUGUUCUUGUAUUCUCAUCCAUGCAUGUCUCUGGAGAGCAACUGGCGCAGUUGACCGGCAUUGCGGCGAUUCUUCGUUUUCCUCUACCGGACCUGGACGACUUGGAGAUGUAACACUUUCUUCCUGUAUUGUAUGGAGCUGAUCACUCAUUCCUCCCACCCAUCCAUAAAUGAUUGUACAUCUUAGUUAAUACAAUAUAUAUGAAACUUUUUGUAUGAUUUCUAAAGCUGACGAGUAGUGAAGGGUUGUAUUGUGGUCUAUGAUGCUACGAAACGUCUCAGGGAGUAUUGUGUCGGUGUUUUCAAAAUGUUUCUUGUACUGAAACAUCAAGAAAAAAAAAAAAAAAUCAUUUUUGGAUCAUUUCUGCAAUUUCAAAAACUUUUCAAGUUCAUUUGGUAAUAUUAAAAAAGAUUCAUUUUUUCA